CACGGGGAGAGGACCACCAGCUCACCGGAUCCCUGCCUGUCAGCAACUUACACUCCUCUAGGACUCGCUAUCAGGACAAGGUUGUGUUGACGGGACACAGGAGGGGAGAACCACGAGGGACAAUCAUGGAGCUGCUGCACAUACUCCAGAGCACCUGUUAACGCCACCACCACAACAACAAACAAAGCCCAACAUCACACACACACACACACACACACACACACACACACACACACACACACACACACACACACACACACACACAGUCACAAGUGAAUGACGGCAGGUCGCCAUGGAAACUGCGUUACGCUCCGGGCGGUCGGGGGAGAAAACAAGAAGAGCGGAGGACUCGUCUCGGUCCUCCUCAUUUUCAGCACCACGCGCCCCCCGGACAGCGCCCGCCCGGAUGAACUCUCGCGCAGACUCCAGCCCCGCGCGCCUCGGAAGCGACAGAGCCGCGUCAGCACCGAGUCUCACCACCGGAGCGCACCGGGACUUCAACAGCAAAACUAACCAGAGAGGAGACGCGCACUCCGCGGACCCGAGGCUCGCUGGAUACCCGAGGUUUUAAAUCCCCCCCUAUUGGAGCCGGUCGCUCCAUCACACGCCACAGCAACAGGGCAGCAGCAUGUCUGAAACCAAAACCAGCCAGCGGUUCCACAGCCUGAAUGCCGAGCAGGUCGAAGUUCUCCAUCAGGUCCUGUCCGAGGUGGUCCCCAUCCACGGACGCGGGAACUUCCCCACGCUGGAGCUGCGUCCUCGAGACAUCAUCAUAGCCGUAAGGACCAGGCUGCAGAAGCAGGGGAUCACUGUGAGAGAUGUGCGCCUGAACGGCUCCACGGCCAGCCACGUCCUCGUCCGAGACAACGGGACAAGCUACAAAGACCUGGACAUCAUCUUUGGAGUGGAGCUGCCCAGUCAGGAGGAGUUCCAGGUUAUUAAAGAGUCCGUGCUGUGCUGCUUGCUGGACUGCCUGCCUGCCGGCGUCAACAGGGAGCGGAUAAGCAGCGCGACGAUGAAGGAGGCCUACGUCCAAAAAAUGGUGAAGGUCUUCAAUGAGCACGACCGCUGGAGCCUCAUCUCCCUCUCAAACAACAGCGGCAAAAACCUGGAGCUCAAAUUCGUUAGCGUGUUGCGGAGGCAGUUUGAGUUCAGUGUUGACUCCUUCCAGAUCAUUCUGGAUCGCCUCCUGGAGUCCUACAUGCAGCAGGAGUCACGGCACAGAAAUAAUAGAGUUGAGCUGAAGGAGCAGGAGAGCCAAAGUAAAGCCUCUCAUUCGCCACUCAAACAGGCCACUGCUCCAGAAACAGAGAGUCCCGCUGGUGGAGAAUCCUCCAGCAAAGAGGGGGAUCAGGUUAGCCAGACUCAGCAGAAAGAUGAGGUGCAUGAGAAGGAGUCACAGACAGACCUCUUACAACAGACUCAAAAUUCAAAUGAGACAACACAGUCUAAAGUGGAAGAAGACGAAAAAGACAAAACACCUGCAGACCUGAAGGAAAUGUCACAACACAGGGAGACAGACAUCUCUGAGCAGACAUCCUCAAACCCUUUGUCCGAAACCUCUGAGAAAACUGAAACACCAGCUCAAACUGAACUCACACACGAGCCAGAGCUCUUGGACAAGACCGAACUCUCAACACAGGUAGAAGAGUCGGAGCAAACCCAGCCCUGUGACAGCCCACAACCAGCACAACCAACCCACAAGGAACUCCCUGUCCAGGAAGAACUGUCCGACCACACAAAACCCCCCGAUGAACAGAACGAUCUCACAGAGCAGAUCGGACAGUCCGAGUUGCCAAAAGCCUCAAACAAUAGGCAGGCAGAAGCAGAGGAAUCACACACAACAGAGCGCACUGAUGAAUCAGACUUCUGUGAGAGUUUCAGUGAGGAUCAGAGGAACAAUGAGAAAGAUAACGCAGAACAUGUGUCUGCUCCAGUAACUGACACAUCUCCACAUGCUAAGGAAGAGACACAGUCAGCAGAUGAAGAAAACGUUGAAACAGAGACAGGCGAGCAGAUACAAGCAGAAAGGGAAAAUGGAUCAGAAACCAGCGAAGAGACAGAAGAGGUUUCAGCACCAGAAGCCCAACACAUAGGAGACACACAGGGAAUUGAUUGUUCCUGCUCCUUCUCUUCAGUAUCUCUAACAUUUCACAACACACAGGAUACACCAGAGAUUCACAGCACACCACACACAGAUAACUCAGAAAAAUCCCCCAACGUACUUGAUGCCGAUAACCCUCCAGAUUCUCAGGAUAUUUCCCCUGUACCGCCCAGCCUUGAUUCUGACAAAAAGACCUCCUCCUCUCCUCCCGCCUGUAAGUCCUCAGAGAGACUGUCUCACAUGGUGGUGCUCAAACACUCCUCCCCAAAACCCCCUCGCAGGAUGUGCAGGAAGGUUACCCAAAGUCCUUACCCCACUUCUGUGUCUGAAAGCGAACCUAUCACAGUGUUCUGUCUAGAUCUAAACCCCUGCGCCAGCCCUGAACUUGAGGUAGCCUUAAACCCAGAGUCGACAGCUCCAAGCUCAGAUGCUACAACUACCACAACACCCGGUAUCUCUACGAAAGCAAACCCUGAGCCUGAAUCCAACCCUUCCACUAACCUACCCUCAAACCUAGACCCUACCUUAGCUCCUGAUGCAGCCCCUGAUAUCACAGCAUCUGCUGUGGAACUCACGUCUUUACCCCAAGACCCGCCAUCCUCGUCUCAGCCGGUCGCAGAGGGUUCAUGUGAGACAAGUAUUCAGAGCUUAGAGGAGACACCAUCUACACAUGAGGCGUUUGAUGAGCAAAGCCAGUCCUCGCCUGGAGAAACUGUCUCAACUCCCGACCAAUCAGAGCCUCUGGACUCAGAGGACAGAUCAGUUUCACACACCGAUGCAUCAACCUCAAGUUCCCAGGAACCUGCACAUACCUCAGAAGUUGAGCUCAGUGAUGAAGGUGAAAACAGAGAGACCCAAAAGACGGACCCGAAUCAGCCCAACAAUAGCCCACAAGAGAUCGCACUCACCCCCGUUUCCUGUCUCACCCCUCCAGUGCUCAGCCUCUCCCCUCCCUGCUUCACCCCCUCGCCCCCCAGCCUCAGCCCUCCCCCAUGUCUUAGCCCUCCCCCUCCGUUGCCAAGCGUCGUCAGCCUCAGCACCAGCUUUAGCUCCACGCCCCUGAGUUUCAGCCCUACCUCAUCCUGCCUCAGCUCGCCUCCGUACCUCACUCCCCCUAUGCUCAGCCUUAGCCCUCCCCCACUCUGUCUCACCCCACCUUCCCCCUGCCUCAGUCCUCCCCUCCUCUGCCUCACCCCACCGGUGGAGUCGGAGGAUCUCGUACCUCAGGUAUCUCCAGACACGGAGCCUUUGAUAUUGAACACUGGCAGCGAUGAGCAGAUUAAAGAAUCAUCCCCUCAGCCACAGGUUAGUCUACUGCAGUUGGAGGAUAAAAAGGAGCAUGAUUAUAUCUCGCCGUUGCCUGGGGUUGCAGAGCCUGUCUCUUUUCCGAUCACCAUCCCGAGCUCAACCUCGCCUGUGCUGCCUCACUCUCAGUCUGGAAGCCCAGGGGAAUCUGGCCCUCCAAAAACUGAAGAGGCAUCCAGCUUGGUGCCUGAGAUCAGAAAGGCCCCUGAGCUAACUGCAGACAUGCCUGAACAGAGCAAUGCUCCUUGGGCGUCUGGCUCGGUCCCUGCUGUCGAGGUCCUGGCAGAGAGCAUGUACGGUGACUUCAAAGCAGCCAUGGACCACCUGCACUACCGCCUAAUCGCCACCAGGAACCCAGAGGAGAUUCGGGGUGGUGGCUUGUUAAAAUACAGCAACCUGUUGGUCAGGGACUACCGACCGGCCAGCGAAACUCAGAUAAAGACACUGGAGCGCUACAUGUGCUCACGCUUCUUCAUCGAUUUCCCUGAUGUGCAGGAGCAGCAGAGAAAGAUCCUAUCCUACUUGAAGAACCACUUCAUCGGCGAGGAGAGGAGCAAGUACCAGUACCUGAUGACGCUGCGUCGCGUGGUGGACGACAGCACGGUGUGUCUGAUGGGACACGAGAGGCGUCAGACACUGAAUAUGAUCACAGUGCUGGCGCUGAAGGUUCUAGGAGAGCAGAACAUAAUUCCAAACACAGACCAUGUGACAUGCUUCUACCAGCCUGCCCCAUACCUUGCAGAGCACAGUGCCCCCUAUCUAGCAGACCCCAGCUACUGCAGCUACUACAUACCCCAAGGGGGAUCAACUCUGCUUUACCAACCUUACCCCUUACACCUGCACACACAAACUGGACUAGUGUAAAGCACACACACACACACACACACACACACACACACACACACACACACACACACACACACACACACACACACACACACACACACACACACACACACACACACACACACUCAAACACACAUAACACAAGGGGAAAGGUGCUUGCCAUGACGAAAAAACUGGAGAAUGGAAAUAUUAUCCAGGGAUAAACUGUUUGGUCUAUAAUAGACCUAUGUGGGCAGGAUUGAGUGGGUUUUUACAGUAAACUCCCAGAGUUCUCUGUAAGGUUCUAACAUAAUUAUAUGUAAUUAUCUGGGCUUUGUGGGAAAAUAAUAAUUCUUCCGAUAUUGUUAGAAUUCCAGAAAAUGCUGUAUGCACUGCAUGAGUCAUCGCCCUUUGGUCUCCCUGGGAAACCAACUGUGCUGUUGACAUUCACACACAUGCACGGACACACACACACACACACACACACACACACACACAAACAUACACACACGUGCAAACACACUUCCAGGUUCUUGAAUUGUCGUACACUUUUUUCAUGUUCUUACUGUGUUGUUCUUAAUGGCUUUGUUCAGAAUGUGGACCUUGCCUGUGGUUGAUAUUGUGCAUGGAUAAAUUAGGACUGUUCUCUCACUGCCAAAUACUGUGUGACUACUAUGCUUCUUAACCAGUUUAAUGUACCGUCAUUAUUCUUUUACUGACAGGGGUGUAUUCUGAAAAGAUACUGAGGGACAAGUCUGCCGGUGUGUACAGUACUUUUAUCAAAAUGCACACAUGCAUGCAUAACAAAAACACACAAAUAUACAUGCAUACAUGCAUACAUACGUACAUACAGUAUACUGUAUGCACACAAAGUUAGACAAUGCAUGAGUAGCUGAAUAUAUAAUUCACAUCCUGAAGUCAAAGCAAAGGCUUUUAAUAUAAUACAAAUCUAUCUAUUUUUGCAAAGAUAAUACUCAGUGGUAAACAGACUGGUUUGUUCCUACAGAAAAAUGCCAAUAACAAUGCCUUUGCAAUAGACUGUACUGCGCAUUGAUUACAGUAUAUUGUGUGCAAAUACACUGAAUUGUUUUCAGGUAAAUUGUGUUGAGAUGAAGUGCUUGAUUUCUUUCCUCGUGGAGUCUUUUCUGUAAUCACGUGAAGUAUUGUACCAUCUAGUGUCAAUUUUUUUAAUGCUAAUGUUUACUUAAGUGGAGGUAGUCAGGUUACAACCAUCUUUGGGUCACCUCUAAACAUGGCAGACGCACGUCUGUCCAAACCUGAAGGAAUUACAUUUAAACUCCUCGCAGCCUGAAUCAGCAUCCUCAAUUUAACUCAGUUCAGAAUCAACAAGUUCAAAUCCACAUCAAACCUGUUUGAAUCUAAGUUGAGAUCCGUGCAACAGCAACCUAUGACCAAAGAUGGUUCGGUAGGGAAAUCAAGUGCCUAAAUGUGAGACAUGAUUGGCAUGUCUUUAUCUCACUGCACUGGGGGUGUUACUGGGGUGGGCUCGGGGUUGGGUCGGGUGUGUGUUCAGUUGUUGACCCCUGUUAUUGCUGCCCGUUUUGAUGUCUUCUUUAAUGUAGUCCUUUGUUGUAGUUUGUUCAUGUACAUUUUGAUAAAAUAAAGGUGGAAACUCAACAAACCUUCA